AAGGGAAUACAAAAGAUGAAAAGAAGGAAAAGAAAUAAAAAAAAACAAUAACGGAAAAUAGAAACGAAAUUGAGAAGCUCUUUCUUUCUUCGAAAUCUGAAAGGAAAUCAGUCAAUUGAAAGGUAACAGCGUUUUGUAAUCCGAUCAUCAAAGGCAUAGCUUGCGUCAUACGUCUCAUAUGUUCAGAUUCUGGGGUUCUGAAGAGCAACAAGCUCAGCCACAUCCUCAGGAAGCUAAUAAUGGUUCAAUGUAUUCGCCAUCUGUAGUCAGUUCACCAAGUUCUUCCCGCCCUGCAACCCCUAGUUCAAGCUCGUCUGGCAGCUUUAAUGUGCAGAGGCCAACAAACAGGCCAAGCUCUGUGUCCCAUGUUUCUCCAGCAGAGGCUGCUGGCAUCAUUGCUGCUUUAAAAGAUAAGAGUGUUGAUGAGCUACGGAAGCUUCUUUCUGACGAUGGUGCUUAUCGCAACUUCUUACUUUCACUUGAGGCUGUCAAAACUCAGAGUAAAGUCAAGGACGAGCUUCGGAAUGAAACUCUGCAGCUUGCAAGGGAGAAUUUAGAAAAAGAACCUCGGAUAAUGGAGCUCAGGAAUCAGUGUAGAAUCAUCCGCACAACUGAAUUGGCUGCUGCUCAAGAAAAGCUGCAUGAGCUAGAAAGGAGAAAAGAAGAGCUUCUGAAGUUGUACUCCCCUUUAUCACUCCUCCAUCACCUACAAGAUGCCAUGAAGAAAACAGAGGAGGAAUCUGAAGCCAUGCUUGGCCAACUUCUUGAUCGAGAAAUUGAUCUUACAACAUUCGUGCAGAAGUACAAAAAACUGGGAUGCAGUUACCACAGACGCUCCCUCACACAUCUUGCUGCUAAGUCAUCUUUUGCUGCUUGAAUGAUUUGAUGCAUGGAUAUUAUAGCUUUGGCAGCGCGUUACUGAAACCAUAGUGUGUAAAUAUUCUCCAUAUGUAAUUUUGGGAUCAACUUCAGGCUCACUGCAACUUUCUACAGGGACAAAUUGAACUAAUUGUUGUUGAAAUAUCAGUCACUUAUCAUCCUUACACUCAAACGCAGACAGGCUUUUGUAUGCCAAUUCCUCAUACCUCAUCUGAUUUAAUAAUCCUUGUAGGGAAAGAGGAAGACACAUGGCUUAAUGUUCACUACUCAGUUCAGAGGAAUGAAAUUUGUUGUUACAAAUUCAUUUUUACCAUAACAUUUCAACCAUGGGUAGUUUUGAUUC